GAAUGGGAAAAAAAUAACACCGCGGGUGUGUUGAUUUAUGCCACGCUGCAAAUAUCCUUUAUGUUCUGCAUCUUCAUAGUUUGUUACAUUGGUCAACUUCUCGUCGACGAAAAUAGGUUUGUAGGACAGACAUCAGGCAUGAUCAAUUAUUAUCACCUUUCGACCAAACAUAUGCGUUCUUUGAUACUGAUUAUCGCUAUGUCUAAUCACCCGAUGAAAUUGAUGGCUGGCAAAAUGGCUGAAAUAUCUCUAGCCACAUUUACCGACGUAAGUAACAUACGUUUCAAGUUAACUUACAUCUUAUUAUAUCUUUCAUGAAUAAUGUUCCUUAGGUGAUGAAAAUGUCAAUGGGAUAUUUGAACAUUCUACGCGAGAUUGUUUAA